GGUGUGUCAAGUUGAUCGAACGAACUUACGUUGCUCAGACAUGAAUUCUCUGACUUCUCUUGGCCGUUGUGACGAAUGGCUAGCUUUGCAAAGCCAYUACCACAGUAAGGGGUCCUCUCUUCAGAUGAGGGAGCUAUUUGAAAGCGAYAAAAAUCGUUUUGACAAAUUCAGCAUCAAACUAGACACUCCAGAUGGCAAGGUUCUUGUGGACUAUUCAAAGAAUAUCAUCACUGAAGAAACCAUGGAACUUCUUCUCAAACUGGCAAAAGCAAGAGGUGUUGAAGAGAUGAGGAAAAAGAUGUUUUCAGGGGAGAAGAUCAACUUUACCGAGAACAGAGCCGUUCUUCAUGUUGCUUUGCGUAAUCGGUCCAACCAACCGAUUUUAGUCGAUGGCAAGGAUGUGAUGRGAGACGUCAAUGSAGUACURCAACACAUGAGAGAAUUUACUGAGAGCGUGAGAAAUAAAGUUUGGAAAGGUCAUACUGGUAAGCCCAUCACUGAUGUAGUCAACAUUGGCAUCGGCGGAUCAGACCUGGGGCCACUGAUGGUUACAGAAGCACUUCAGCCUUUUGGACAGAAAGAUCUUCAAGUCCAUUUUGUUUCCAACAUUGAUGGAACUCAUUUGGCCAAGACACUUGUAAAACUGAACCCUGAGACAACCUUAUUUAUCAUUGCUUCAAAGACUUUUACCACUAUUGAAACAAUUACAAAUGCUACAACUGCCAAAGYAUGGCUUUUAGAUGCACUGAAAGAUAUCAAAGCUGUUGCCAAACAUUUUGUKGCUUUGUCAACAAAUGAAGAAAAAGUGACAGCAUUUGGAAUYGACAAGAGRAACAUGUUUGCAUUUUGGGAUUGGGUUGGUGGACGCUAUUCCUUAUGGUCSGCCAUUGGAAUGUCCAUUGCCAUUUAUAUUGGUAUGGAUAACUUUGAAGCAUUGUUGUCAGGGGCACAUGCCAUGGACAAUCACUUUUACAACUCCSCYCUGAAUCAAAACGUUCCAGUAAUCUUAGCCGUUCUUGGUAUCUGGUACAAUAAUUUCUUUGGAGCUCAAAGCCAUGGCCUCUUUCCCUAUGACCAAUACAUGCACCGUUUUGCAGCCUAUUUCCAACAGGGUGAYAUGGAGUCCAAYGGUAAAUUUGUSWCUCGAUCUGGUGAAGAGGUCGACUAUUCAACAGGACCAAUUGUGUGGGGAGAACCYGGCACAAAUGGGCAGCAUGCAUUCUAUCAGCUGAUUCAUCAAGGCACUAAACUGAUACCYGGGGAUUUCUURGCACCAGUKGAGACACACAACCCAGUUGGCAAACCAAAAGGUUUACAUCAUCAGAUUUUACUGGCAAAUUUCCUWGCGCAAACAGAGGCCUUGAUGAARGGAAAGACGUUGGAUGAAGCUAARAAAGAACUGAUYAGUGCUGGUGUCACAGGGGAGGAGCUCAACCAUCUGGCUCCUCAUAAGGUGUUUAAAGGCAACAGACCAACCAACUCUAUYCUUUUUAAGAAGAUGACUCCAUUCACKUUAGGGUUUUUGAUAGCCAUGUACGAACACAAGAUAUUCACCCAAGGUGUAAUUUGGGACAUCAAUUCUUAUGACCAAUGGGGAGUUGAACUUGGCAAGCAAUUGGCAAAAGUCAUCCAGCCAGAGUUAGGUUCUCAAGAACCAGUUACAUCACACGACUGUUCAACCAAUGGACUUAUUAACUUUAUCAAUGGACUUUGAACCUUGGGCUUGAAGUAUCUGUAAUCAUACCAGCCCAAUACGGACAUUGAGUUUUUUCUGAUGGCUGAAAGUUUUUUAUAGUGAAUUAUUGGGUAAUCUAUAGUAAAAAAAUUUAACCUCCCUUGAGCAUUGUCUUUGCUAUUUGCAGGUUGAUAAGUAUGUAAAUGUUUCUUAAAAUCAAUGAACUGAUGCAUUAGCCCAGUAGACUUCAAAUGUACAAAAUGCUUAUAGGCAGAUUUGAUUUUCUUAAGUUAUAUGUUAAUCUCUGAACUAACAAGCUAAUUUACAGCUACUCCUUCAAACCUUUUUUGUUGUCUUGCUGACAAUAGGCCGUUUGCAUUAUGACGUAACUUUACUACAACUACCAGAAAGCCUUGCGCAUUUUCAUUGUUAUUCAGAUUUUUAAUCCCCUUGGAGAUCAGUAAAACAAUUGGCACUAAUUGCAUUACAAAAGAAAGUUGCAAAGCAAUCUGACUGGUAGUUGUAGUAAAUGAUGCCAUAAUGUAUAUCGCCUAUUCUUUCUGGUUAGGAAUCCCUAAAAGGAUUGAAGGAGAGUUUAUGGAGUGUUGAAAAAAAAUGUAAAUAAGUACGUGAUAUUGGUGAAAAUGGCAUUACUGUAGUAUAAGAUUGAUAAACUCUUGUAAAUAAGGUAAAACUUAAAAAAGAUUUUKUUCUUUUA